AUGGCAGAGGUUGGCGGGCUGUCAAUGGGCGGUAAAGAGGCGAAGCAGGGGGUGACUCCCGCACCACCCGAGGAACAGCGGACAAGAGAGGGGCUGACUACCCCUGCACACAAACUGAAGUUACCCUAUACUGCCUUCAAGGAGUUCAGGGACGCAGAAGAGGGAAUUGAAGAUUUCCUGCAUGACUUUGAGUGGCAGUGCCUCUUGCUAGAAGUCGACCAUGCAGACUGGGUCACCAUUCUGGGCAAUGAGCUGACAAGAAGGGCGGCAGAGGCAUAUCGAGCCGUAUCCAAAGACCAGAUCCGUGACUACGAAGUUGUGAAAGAGGUCCUAUUGGCCAGGUAUGCCAUAACCCUGGAGGCAUACCAGCGGACGUUCAGAGGGAUAAGAAAAGGGGAAAAGGACUCCUAUACAGAGUGGGCAUGCCGGAUCCACCAAGCUGCCCAGAAUUGGGUGGCCUCGCAGCAAGCGAAGUCCCCCGAGAAGGUACCUCAGCUAUUCAUGCUGGAGCAUUUCUACAAUGGACUCUCCACUGAGGCCCAAGAAUGGCUAAAAGACAAGUAUGGGCCAGUCUUUACCUUAUACCUGGGGCCCAAUCCAGGGCUCGUGAUAUGUGGCUAUAAAGCCGUAAAAGAGGCUCUGAUUGACCAAGGUGACGCAUUCGUAGAUAGAGGGGACUAUCCGGUAUUCUUGAACUACUACAAUAAUCAUGAUGUCGCAUUUACCAACGGGGAGAAAUGGAAGAGUCUAAGACGCUUUAUUCUAACCACGUUGAGAAACUUUGGAAUGGGGAAGAAGAGCAUAGAGGAGCGGAUUCAAGAGGAGGCUUCCUUCCUUAUAGCAGAACUCUCCAAAACAAAGAGAUCACCGACUGAUCUUACCGGCUACUUUGCCCACACAGUGUCCAAUGUAAUCAGCUCAAUUGUUUUCGGGAGUCGCUUUGACUACGAGGACAAGAGGCUGAUAGCAAUAACCAACAGCAUUAACAACAAUUUCUGUAUAAUGAGUAGUAUGUGGGGUACGCUCUACAACAUGUACCCUGAUCUCAUGGACUAUCUGCCCGGCCCUCACAAGAGAAUGCGCAAAAAUUAUCAAGAUAUAACCGACAUUGCCCUGGAAAGUAUAAAAUACCACGAGAAGACGUUGGACCCCAGUUGUCCCCGAGACUACAUUGACUGCUUCCUCAUCAAGAUCAUGCAGGAAUAUGGCAAGGACCAACCUGAUCCAGCCUUUUAUACACAAUCGCUUGUGAUGACCAUUCACAAUCUGCUGUUUGGUGGUACAGAGACUAUCAGUACCACUCUGAGAUAUGGUAUUCUGAUCCUCAUGAAAUAUCCAGAGAUAGCAGAGAAAAUGCAAGAAGAGAUUGACCAGGUAGUGGGCAGGAACCGCAGUCCAUCAAUGGAAGACAGAAGCAAAAUGCCAUACACCGAUGCCGUUAUUCAUGAGUUAAUGAGGUUUUGUGAUGUUAUUCCUCUCAGCUUGCCUCGAAGUACCUCACGGGACACUUUUUACAGAGGAUACAACCUCCCAAAGGGCACCUAUGUCACCCCCUUUUUGACUUCUGUCCACCGUGACCCCACACAGUUUGCGGAACCAUCCAAGUUCAACCCCAAACAUUUCCUGGAUGACAAAGGUUGCUUUAAGAAGGAGGAGGCACUCAUGCCUUUUGCUGCCGGUAAGCGGAUGUGUUUAGUAGAAACCCUGGCUCGAAUGGAGCUGUUUAUUUUCUUUACAUCUUUUCUGCAAAACUUCAACUUUAAUCCAACGAUAUCGAAAGAGGAGAUAAAGCUCGAGCCCAUCGCAACUGGCCUGGGCACGGUGCCCAUGGAUUACAAGUGCUGUGUUAUACCUCGUUAGUCACCCGCCCAGAUAAUUAAAUAAUCCGCACAUUUACUGUAAUAUCUAGGGAAGGAACCUACCUACACCGGCUCCACAUACAAAAUAUGAAAGGGGAGCUCUAGAAACAGCUUUAGUAA